UCGUUUCCAAGCAAGCGGCGAUGCGGGCCGCGCGCGGGGGCGCGGCGGCGGCGGCGUUGCGGCCGGAGCACAUGGCGGCGCACGCGCGCCUCGUCAAGGCGGCGGACGUGGACGCAUUCGCCGCCAGCACCGUCAUGCGCGCCUACCUCCGGGGCUCGCUACCGCUGCAGGCACUCCUCCUCCUCCGGGGCCUCCUCCCUCGCGCGCCCCGCCUCCUCGCCAACUCCUUCUCCCUCUCCCUCGCCCUCCAGGCCGCCGCCGCCGCCGCCUCAUCCGCCCCAGCUUUGCUCGGUCUCGGCGCCUCCCUCCACGCGCGCGCGCUCAGGUCCGGCUUCGCCGCCGCCGACCUCUUCGUCCGCACCGCGCUCGUCGAGAUGUACGCCAAGACGGCGGCGGGGGAGAUCGCCCUCGCGCGCGCCGCUUUCGACGAGGCGCCACGCCGGGACGUGUUCCUCUGCAACGUCAUGCUCGCGGCCUACGUCGCGCGCGGGGAGGUCGCGGAGGCGAGGAAGGUGUUCGACGGAAUGAGCGGCAGGGACCUGGUGUCGUGGAACACGAUGAUCCACGGGUACGCUGUGCGAGGGGACGUCGGCAUGGCGAGGGAGAUCUUCGACGGGACGAGGGACAGGGAUGCCUUCUCAUGGAGCUCCAUGAUCUCCGCGUACGCCAAGGGCCGGUGCUCCAAGGAGGCGCUGGAGCUGUGGAGGGAGAUGCGUGUGGCAGGCGUCGCACCGGACUGCAUCAGCAUGGUGAGCGUGCUCUCCGCGUGCAGUGCAAUGGGCGCGCUGGCCAUUGGCGCAGAGGUACACCGGUUUGUCGAGAGUAACAGGGUUGAGGUGGAUAUGAAGCUUGGCACUGCUCUUGUCGACAUGUAUGCCAAGUGUGGUGACAUCGAGAAUUCGCUGAAAGUGUUCCACGCCAUGCCAGUGAAGGACGUGCUUACUUGGAGCUCAAUGAUUAUUGGGCUGGCCAAUCACGGACUUGGCCAUGAUGCUCUCAGUUUGUUCUCAGAGAUGAUAUCACAAGGACUGCAACCAAAUGAGAUCACCUUCAUUGGAGUUCUCAUAGCAUGUACCCAUGUUGGUCUAGUGAAUGAUGGCAAGAAGUAUUUCAGCUCAAUGAGUGACGUUCAUGGUGUGGUGCCAAGGAUGGAGCACUACGGAUGCAUGGUUGAUCUUUUGGGGCGUGCAGGCCAUGUUGAGGAGGCAAUGGAGCUUAUCAGGAGCAUGACCUUCAAGCCAGAUCCAAUUAUUUGGAGAACUCUCCUUGGCGCAUGUCGCAUCCACAAGAAUGUAGAGAUUGCAGAGGAAGCUAUGGCAAAACUGAAAGUGUUGGAUCCUCUUGCUGAUGGACACUAUGUGUUAUUGUCAAACAUAUAUGCACAAGCAAACUCGUGGGAAGGUGUUGCAGAAAUGAGAAAGACGAUAAGGAGGGAGAACAUUCAGAGGGUUCCUGGAAGAAGUUCGAUCGAAUGGGAGAACACAGUUCACGAGUUUGUUUCUGGUGAUAGAUCGCAUCCGAGGAUUGAGGAGAUCUACAAAAUGUUGGAAGAGAUGAUGGACCGGUUAAGACAAGCAGGAUACAGGCCAAUGACAAGCUUGGUAUUGCAAGAUAUUGAUGAGCAAUCUAAGAAGCGUGCAUUGGCUGAACAUAGUGAGAAACUAGCUAUUGCUUUUGGUCUGCUGGUCACCCCUGCAAGAUCAACCCUUCGAAUAACAAAGAAUCUCAGAGCCUGUGAAGACUGCCAUUCAGCCAUUAAACUUAUAUCAUUGGCAUAUGAUCGGAAAUUGAUUGUUAGAGACCGGAACCGUUUCCAUCAUUUCAGUGAAGGGCAGUGCUCAUGCAAGGAUUACUGGUGAAGUUACAAUCUUGAACCAGAAAAAAAAUAUGGUGUAGCAAUUCUUUCUUCGUACCUGCAAGUAAUCUGAACUAUAAGAUUACUCGAAUUCUUAUAGCUGAGCAUGCAUUGAAAGAAUCACACUAGAAGAACAAUCCCAUAUAUUUUUUCGAAGUCAUGGAAGCCAUUUAAUAGCUGAAGGAGCAAGACAGAAGCUCGCAUUCCAGUUCUAGUACAUAACUUCAGAACAGAAAUAGAGAUCAGGGAAUCAAGUUGGAACGGAUAAGAUGGCCUCAGCCUGCUUGGUGGUAUCGCAUAUCCUGCAGAAUUAGGUUCUGAUCGAUCUCUCUGUUUGAAGAAGCAAGCCUAACGUGGAGACAGAUUAUCCACUAACGCAAUUACUCGGUGAACAUAACACGGCUCCCCCAAUUAUUGGGUUCAUUUUGGGAGUAUCCAUUUGGUGGCUUCCGGAUUGGUUCAGUUAUUAUCAUAAACAGGCGUCCAUCAGGAUAUGCACGUCGUGAUCUCGUCGCUGUCACCACGGCGGACCAAUAGGGGCCCUCGGAUCUUCGGCUUUGACGGCGAGAUGGCAGACGAACGCCAUGCCUCGUUCAGCUUGGCCUAGGCAUGAUCUCAACUAUCAUAAUGCCAAAUGGGGAAAUGGCCGUCAUCAGAGGUGUCGAUGUGACAACCAUACAGUUAGAAUACAGUUUUCUUUUCGUUGCAUAGUACAACAAAAACUGGAUCUUACUAUCUUAGCCAAUCCAGAAUCGUCGCCAAGUAUAAAAUACUCUUAGAAACACAAGGGGGCAAAAAUAAUACUCCUGGAGUGUAACACGAGGAGAUCAGGAUUGCUUUUGCCCUUUCCAGAUUGUAUUGGGUGGAAAAUUCACACAGCUUGGCUGGCCAUUUUGUUUACUGUUUACACCGGUGUCGCAGUCAAGAAAAGGACAGAUCUCUUUUUUUAACCA